GGAAGACGAGCGCAGCGGCCAUUACACAGCGCGUUUAUGAGGAAGGUCGGAAGAAGCGCGAGGCGUCAACGGACAAAAUCAGCGGAUCCGACAAAAAACAUAUUUGAACAGAGAGCACUUACCACACAUGACUAGUUAAAAAAAACACCGUGUGUCGAAAUCUGGUGUUUAAUGAAAUAAUAUCCGUGUUUAACAGCAGUGAGCGGCGGCCCAGCCCAGCGCGUGAGUGUGGUAGAAUUCAUUUCAAGAGGAUACUAAUAAUCACCGAUUAAUAAUCGAAGAAUCUGAGAAAAUAGUGGAAGAAUCGCGCCGGUGAUGGAUGAUAAAGCGUUCACGAAGGAUUUAGACCAAUGGGUCGAGCAGCUGAACGAGUGCAAACAACUCACCGAGAACCAAGUGAGAACGCUCUGCGAGAAGGCUAAAGAGAUCCUCACUAAAGAGUCAAAUGUUCAGGAGGUGCGCUGUCCCGUCACAGUGUGUGGAGAUGUGCACGGCCAGUUUCAUGACCUCAUGGAGCUGUUCAGAAUCGGUGGGAAGUCACCAGACACCAACUAUCUGUUCAUGGGCGACUAUGUAGACAGAGGCUAUUACUCGGUGGAGACAGUCUCACUGCUUGUUGCACUAAAGGUUCGUUAUCCAGAACGCAUCACGAUAUUGCGAGGAAACCACGAGAGCAGACAGAUUACACAGGUGUACGGUUUCUAUGACGAGUGCUUGAGGAAAUACGGCAAUGCAAAUGUCUGGAAAUACUUCACAGAUCUCUUUGACUAUCUUCCCCUCACGGCACUAGUGGAUGGGCAGAUCUUCUGUCUGCAUGGUGGUCUCUCUCCAUCUAUAGACACGCUGGAUCAUAUUCGUGCUCUGGAUCGUCUGCAGGAGGUCCCACACGAGGGGCCGAUGUGUGAUCUACUGUGGUCAGAUCCUGAUGAUCGUGGUGGUUGGGGAAUAUCUCCUCGAGGUGCAGGAUACACCUUUGGACAAGACAUCUCUGAAACCUUCAAUCAUGCUAACGGCCUCACGCUGGUGUCACGCGCUCAUCAGCUCGUCAUGGAGGGAUACAACUGGUGUCAUGAUAGGAAUGUCGUCACUAUCUUCAGUGCGCCAAACUACUGCUAUCGCUGCGGCAACCAGGCCGCCAUUAUGGAACUGGACGACACUCUUAAAUAUUCGUUCCUUCAGUUUGAUCCAGCCCCUCGACGCGGAGAGCCCCACGUCACCCGCCGCACACCUGACUACUUCCUGUAAACGAGCACUGGCCUGACCUGAAACACCUCUACAGCAAAUGACAGAUUACCACAAAUCCAAACAUGCAUACGUCUAUUCAUCCAAUGUUGUACAUAAUGGGGGAUGUGAGAUUGAAACACUAACACGGACCAAAUGUGCCAUACAAGCAUUUAUUGCCCAAAUCCAGUCGCUCUGUCUCAGUAAUGCUACAAAGUGUCUUGUUUUAGCCUAUAGUGCAAUUGCCUGCUGUAUAAAAUGAAUAGAAAUGUUCCCUUCAUUCUUGAAUUGUAAGUUACUCUGAGUAUAAAAACAAACAUAAGUGAAGACUAGUCUUCUCUCUCACAGUAUCACUGGAAAAUUGUCCUUUAAGUUGGCAAUGCCUGGCAUGUGACAUUUUAUACAAGUGCACAAGCUUAUAUUCUAUCCUGUCUCUUCACUGAAAAACAAACGAAAAAAUCCUAUUUGGAAAGAAUAUUGAAAGUGAAGAAGCUUCCGUCGUGGGAGUGAACGCCUGAGUGUGUAUUUGGACUGUAUCUAACUGUCCCUCUGUCUAAACUGAACAUUUUCUUUUCUUUUGUGUUUAUUGUCUUCUGUGUAUUUGUCAAUAAGUGAUAGCUUCCUCUUUGAUGUAUUUGAACUAAUAAAGUACUUUUAAUCACAAGCUACUCUAAAACAA